UAGAAUCAGGCUUUAGCCUCUACAUUUUUGCUAUUGGCCUAGUAAUACAAAGAAGCUUAAGUAGAAGGGUUUAUUUGAAGAAAGAGUGAAAGUUCCCUACCCACCACCACAUACUUUUCAUGCUUUCUUUCCUCUCUCCCUUACAGUACUUCCCAAAGCACUGGCCCAGCUCUGUGUCUGUUGCUUACUAGGGGUGACUGCUUCGCUAGAAACAUAGAAUAGCACCAACUUACAGGAAGUCUUCUGCAGAGUUUCAAACAGAUAAGUUUUCAAGUGGCACUAAAUGGAUGCCCUGCAAAAUUACUGAUGUGAAGGGGGAGUGAAGCAUUCUGCUCGUUCUUUGAAGCAGAACAACCCUCUGGCUCACGGACCAGCAGUAAUGAAUGGAGUCACAUAGCAUGACACGUAAUCGCCUUCUUCUUUUGUAUUAGUUUCAUGCAGCUCUUGCAUGUGACAUUCGUCCAGGCCGUCGUGUUCUUUAUCAUCCCAGCGCACUCAGAGUACAAACAGAAUUAAGUUGUUUGUUAUCAUGGCAUCUGUACAUGGCUUUUAAUUUCUUGAUGACUUAAAAAAAACCAAAAAGAGCCGAGCUGUCUUGGCUAGCUCUAUGUUUAAAUCUGCUCGCAGCCUGCUUGCACAGCUCACUUCUGCCCUGCAAUGCGGAGCAUGGAUCUGCAGGAGGAGAAGCUCAAAGCAGUGCAGCAAGGCUUAGAAACGUGGCGCUGGUGCUGAUGAAAAGCUGUCUGGAGUGUGUUAUGUGGGAGCAGUAAGUUGGAAACUCUUCCAUUUUCCCCUGCCCUGGGGCAAAAGGCUUUGAAAAGAUGGAGAACCAGAGGAGUUCUCUCCUGGGAUACGUCCACUGGGAAGCAGAAGAGGAGGGGGACGAGGAGGAUGAAGUGACUUCUGGUGCUUCUCCUUCCAGCCAAGUGAGCGAACUGGAGGACGUGCAGGUGGAGAUGCUCGAAAAGGCGAGGGAACUCUUCCAGCUCUGUGACAAGGAUGAGAAGGGCUUUAUUACCAAGUUGGACAUGCAGAGGCUUCAGAGUGAGCUCCCCCUUACCCUUGAGCAGCUGGAGACUGUUUUUGACAGCUUGGAGCAGAACAAUAAUGGAUACCUGACACCUGUGGAGUUCAGCAUGGGACUAGGAAAGUUAAUAGGAAUCGACUUGUGUCAAGGGGCUGGAAGGACAGAUCGCUCUAGUCACGAAGAGACCUUUGAGUCAGGUUGGUCAGAUGACAUGGACCCAGCAGAUGAUGAAGAGAAACGAUUCUGCUCCAUGAUGGAGCAGCUUGGAGCAGCCCAAGUCUUUGAAGAUCCUAGUGAGGUUCGGGACCUUUGGGUCCGGCUACGAAAGGAGCGUCCGGAGCUCUUAGCCAAUUUUGAGGAGUUUCUGUUGCGUGUUUCAUCGUACAUCAGGGAGGUGAAUCAUGAAAAGGAGUCUAUGGAGCAGGCAUUGAAGCGAAAGGAGACGGACCAUGAUCGGGAAGUCAGGUGCCUUUAUGAAGAAAUGGAGCAACAGAUCAAAGCAGAAAGGGAGAGGCUAAUCUGCCAGGAAGCGCUGAGACACAACAGGAGUAACCUGCUCCAAAAGGAACUGCGCAGCAAAGAGCAAGAGCUGGAGAAAAUCCUCUAUCGGCAAAAGAAGCUGGAACGUCAGCUACAGUCUCUGAACUCAGAGCAGUUGGAGACCCGUGUGCAGAAUGAAAGACUCCGGCACCUGAAUGAAAACCUGCUGGAGGAGCUGGAGAAAAGCAAAUGGGAGCUAGAAGCUGUCAAGGGACAACUGCAGAAACUGCAGAAAGAGGCCCAGAAUGAGCAAGAGCAAAAGGACAGGGAUGUGUUCAGAGUCUCCAAAAACAUGCAAAAAGAGAAACAAAGCCUCCUUCGACAGCUGGAGCUCCUCAGAGAGAUGAACAAGAAGCUUCGAGACGAGCGUGAUACUUUUGAAGCCAAGAAGCCGGCACCUCAGAGCAAAAAGCCCCUCUUGAAGAAGGGGUCAGUGCUAAGCAGUUACCUGCUGGACGACAAGCCGGUCAAACGACAACUGGCCUCUGCGGACCUUCCCGUCACCUUCCCAAUGGAUACGGCAAUGGAAGAACCCAACAGGAAGAACUGCAAAUACUUGUCAGGCAAUGGGAUGUGGCUGAAGACAGGAGAAGGAGGCAACACGAACUUUGGAGAGAAGAACAUAGGCCAAGAGAGGUGGUCAGUGGGAGCAGAUGCUGAGAGGCUGAAGGUGGCUUUGAAGAGUGAUGCAGAUGGGUUGGAUGAUGCUCUGCUGUCUCCUAGAGGGCAGCCAGUUGGCACUGAAACCAGGCUCCAGGUGCUGGAACCUGCCAGUUGCUCCCCCGAUCGUAUCUUCAAAGUUGUGUUUGUGGGGAACUCGGGUGUUGGUAAGAGUUCCUUCAUCCAUCGCUUCUGCUAUGACAGGUUCUUGGCUGAUCUCAAUGCAACUAUCGGUAUUGAUUACCAGGUGAAGAGUCUGAUGGUGGACAACACUCAAGUUGCUUUACAGCUGUGGGAUACAGCUGGACAGGAAAGGUUCCGGAGUAUCACCAAGCAGUAUUUCCGGAAGGCGGAUGGGAUUCUGGUGAUGUACGACAUUACAGCUGAGUGCUCCUUCAUGGCAGUACGGAACUGGAUGAGCAGCGUCCAGGAGGGCAUUGAGGAUGGAGCUGUGGUUUUUCUGCUUGGAAAUAAAAUGGAUACCUCAGGGAGAGAGACCCGGAGUGUACCCAAAGUGGAGGGGGAAAGGCUGGCCAAGGAAUACAAGGCUGUCUUCUAUGAGUGCAGCGCUAUGACUGGCUAUAACAUCAUGGAGCCCAUGCUGCACAUGGCCAGGUUGCUGACAGCACAAGAGGACAGGCAGAGGGAGAACGCCCUGCAGCUGGAAGAUGUCAGGAGGAAAGGGUGCUGCACAUAAGGAGCAUCGGUAUGUCGGCAAGAGCCAAGUGUGGGCACCAUUUCAUGAAGCUGGGAUUCCUUCUGAGCAAGUUGAAUCUGCUGGUAUCUGAUCUGCAGAGGUUUAGGGAAGCUGCAACUUUUCCCCAUCUGGGAAUUUCAAGGCUCUGAAUCAGGGCAGAACGUGCAUACGAUCUCUACUGUUCCCUUCCCUACCUGCAUGUCCAGCCCUGGUCAUUGGAGGCCUCUGAUCUCUUGGGGGAAUUUGGCAGCAGCAUCUUUGUUCUUUAACAGCACAGUCCAGCUGACAGCCUGCUGAGGUAGAUAGGGAAACCUUUGCCUGUACUUGUAAGAUCUGGAUCAGGCUCUGUACUUGGUGGGAAAUCUGGUUUGACUUGCCAACAUUGUGGAUAACUGAUUCCAUAUGUGGAUAUAGCAUGAACUGCUAAAACCAUUCAUCCCACUGGCCUUCUUCACUGUUACCCUAAUGAACUUAGCUACUCUCCUCGUACUGUUCACAGAACACAGAGCAGUUGCCUUGGGACUCUCAGGCAACUGUUGUGCUGGCAUGUAUUGCUGUUCCAUAACGUGUUGUGGGAGCUGUGCUGUAUCUGCUGGGGCCAUGUGUAGCCUGUUUUAAGGCUGAAUGCUGCCUGUUUCCUCCCAUUCUUUUAUUCUUUCCUGAAAGGUCUUCAGCAGUUAGGAGUGGAUGUAUCCGCAGUACUGAAAUAUGCACAGAUCCCACCCUGCUGGCCUGACAGCAAUGCUUUGAAAUGUACUUGGGCUGGAAGCAUGAGGCGGCUGCCUCAGCUGCAAUGGGUACAUAAAUGCAUAGGCCUGUAUUUAUCCACUCUUUCCUCUCAUGGGAUAAGGCGAUUACUCUGGUUCCAAAUAGCUGUUUACUGCACAAAUUUCUCUGGGAAUAUUCCAUGCAGGAAAAGUGUUCUGAAUCACUUGCUGCAUUACACAGACUUUCCAUGGUUCCUCCCAGUGCCAUUUACUUCUGGUAAGGAAGGGGAAGCUUCUCUGUGGAAGAGCCAGGUUCCUGAUUUAAAGGAAUAGCCAAAAGCAUUAAGUGUCUGCUCAGUACUUACUGCUGACUGUGAUUCUUGCUGUUGUACAGCUGGUGGAUUUAACUGCACUAACUGACCAGGAAAUAGUACGUUAUAAGAGGUCCCUGAAGAAACUAGGGCUGUUGGUUUUGAGCUUAGGGUAACAUCAGCAGUGCUGCCAGUGAAACUGCCUGUGUUUGCAAGGAUGCUUGGGAAGUGAAAUCUCUGUUCUUGGAAAACACAAACCUUUAGACUGCCCUGUACCAGAUGAUUGCCCAAAUGCAGGUGUGGAUUUUGUGCAUUCUAACCAAUGCAACCAUGAAGAAGCACAGACACUGUUACCUGCUACAUCAGUACAGCUCACUAGCUGACUCGGAGGAGCUGCUGUCAACGAUUCAUUUGCAUCGUGCUCCAGUGGUGGGUUAACAAGGGCUGGCAAUAAGAAUUGACAUCUGAAGUCUGGGCACAUGGAUAACACCAAAAUUUACCUGCAACAGCUGGGCAGGAGUUUGGAAGCUGCAGCAGAAGACAAGCGUGGUAUCUUAUCUGCUAACAUGGUUUGAAUGCGCCACUCCCACACUGUGUAAAAAAAACACAUGAAAGAUAAAGAAGUAAAACACACCUGGCACACAGGUACCAUACAGUAUGUGGUAAUUACCUUCCUCCGCACUGUCAUUCUGCUACAGGAGGAACUACCACGUGUUUAGUUUUGUUUGUUUUUGGUUGGUUGUCCUUAAUGUACAGUCUUGAGGAUGUUUUCUUAGCGGGCAAGGAGUGUGCAGGCAAUAAAGAAAUACUGUCGUGCAAA